UCCUCUCGCUCAACCUCAUUAUCCAGUCGGUUUCUGUCCUUGCCGGAAAGUCCUUGCUGCGUGUUGUUUGUUGUCAGUGCGACGGUAAAUUCCCAUCCGACAACGUCGGAUCCACCCGGACCGAAACAAAAAACCCCUUCGACGAAGAGCUCCACAGUUGCCGUCACACCAUCUCCGGAGGAGUCAACAAACGGGUUUUUAGGGCCGGACUGUUUGAAUAGAAAACUCACUUUGUUGUUUGUUUUUUCUCUCUCUCACUUUGGACUUGAGACGAUUUAAGUGUGUAUUUCGUGCGCGAAACUUACGAGAAGAUGGAACGGAUGGAAUCGCUCUCCGAUCCGGCGCUGUGUCUUCAGGACUUAGUGACCGGCGUUACGACAUCUUCCAGCAGCGAUCUGCACGGGGUCCAUCAUCAUCUUCACGAUUCCGUCAGUUCGGCGGUCUCAGUGAGUUCCGCCAUAUCUGGAAUCAUGAGCGGAUCUUCGUCCGUUUUGGGUCACCACGUGGGUCACGAUCAUCAUCACCAUGGUGUUGUACCCCACACGCCGUCGCUCCAUCACGAACCGUUGGAGAAGCUUAAACGUGUUUGGGCAGAAACCGGGGACUUCCGGGACGCUCAUUCCGGUAUGACGGGAGGAACCGGAAACAUGGACCAUCCGCAGCUUCCGUUUCCGGCGGCGGCAAGGAGCCGUACACGCGAACGCAAAGCUAGCCGUUCGCUCUCCGAUCCCGUGAAGACGGAGAACGUGGGGGUGGAUGGAGGCGACAGCGAGGAAGGAAAAAACGACAAGAAGACCAAGAGGCAACGCAGACAACGGACGCAUUUCACCUCUCAGCAACUCCAAGAACUUGAGGCUACCUUCGCGAGGAAUCGGUACCCGGAUAUGAGCACCAGGGAGGAGAUUGCCAUGUGGACAAACCUCACCGAAGCCAGAGUUAGG